AUGGUGCUCAGCGUGCGCGGCGCCGAUGGUCUGAUACGCUCAAAGUCCGAAGAGGAGGCCAGCACGCUUCCCGAAUACCCUCAGAAGGGCUGCGCCGAAACGGUGGCCCCCGUCUCCAAAGUCUCUGUUGUCAAGCGCAUUCACGAUGCCGCCAAUUUGGUGUACCAGAAGACCAUUGUCGAGCAUAUCCUGCAGCGGGGCCAGCUUGCCGCCUCCAAGGAUGGCAGGAAGAUACCGUUGCGACUCGAGAACGACGAGCCCUUGACUGAUGUUCGUCGCGGGCAAGCGUACAUCUCCAACAGCAUUCGCACUUCUCGCUACACGGUGUGGGAUUUCCUGCCCAAGCAGCUCUUCUUCCAGUUCUCCCGGGUCGGCAACUUUUACUUUCUCUGUGUCGGAAUUCCUCAAAUGAUUCCUGGCCUUUCGACUACCGGCUCUUAUACGACGCUUUUGCCCCUCCUGUUCUUCGUUUGCAUAACAAUGUUCAAAGAAGGCUACGACGACUAUCGACGACACCGACUUGACAAGGUUGAGAAUGCCUAUUUCGCGACGAUACUCGGCAAGGAGGAUAAGUACACUGGCAACGCCAGGCGGACACACCUCCUGGAUCGGUUUAAUCCUUUUCAUACGAAGACGACUACCGAACCUCGAUCUGUCUCUGCCGAAGAAUAUCAGGGUGUGCGAUGGGUGCCGACGAGAUGGUCUGAUAUUAAAGUUGGAGACGUCAUACGACUUGCGCGGGACGAACCUGUGCCUGCGGAUAUUGCGCUCAUCUAUAGUGACGGCGAGAACAGCCUGGCAUAUGUCGACACCAUGGCGCUCGACGGCGAAACGAACCUCAAGAGCAAGCAGGUGUGUAAUGCGAUUGAAGGAUGCGACACGAUCGAGGGUAUUGCGAAAUGCGCAGCAGAAUUCGUUGCCGAAGACCCCAAUCCCGACCUGUUCAACUUCAACGGUAAAGUCACUGUCAAUGGAAAGGCAGUGCCUUUGACGCUCAAUGAAAUCGUGUAUCGUGGAAGUGUGCUUCGAAACACCACCUGCGCUGUUGGAAUUGUGCUCAACACUGGAGAAGAGUGCAAGCUGCGCAUGAACUCAAACAGGCAUCCAAAGGCAAAGAAGCCCGCUUUGGAGAGAGUGGUGAACAAGAUUGUCAUUACUCUGGCUUUUUACGUCGUUAUUCUGUCCGUGGGCGUUUCAAUGGGCUAUCUGCUCUGGAAAAAGAGCACCGAGAGACACUCUUGGUACUUGCAGAAUGCUAGUGUUCCGUUCCACGAUAUCAUCAUUGCCUUCAUCAUCAUGUUCAACAAUGUUAUUCCCCUGUCACUCUAUGUGAGCUUGGAAAUUGUAAAGGUUGGACAGCUGCUUCUUCUCAAUUCGGAUCUCGGCAUGUACGAUGAGGAAUCGGAUACUCCAGCGCGAUGCAACACAAACACCAUUCUUGAGAACCUUGGUCAGGUUGAAUACAUCUUCUCAGACAAGACGGGUACUCUUACAGAUAACGUCAUGAAGUUUCGCAAACUUAGCGUUGCUGGUACUGUCUGGCUUCACGAAAAGGAUUUAGAGCCCCAGUCGCUGUCGGAUACGUCUGAUAGCACUUCAUCGAUUGUCAAAAACUUUGACUUUCCCAGUCGAUCCCCGUCAGUGUAUAGGAGAGAUCGCAUGUCCGUUGUCAUCCACGAGGAUCAGGUUGAGAUGACAGAUUCGCCGAUACAUUCCCCAAGACCAUCAAUGGCAGGACGGCGAUCCUCAUCCGUGUGGCGAUCGACGGGACGGCCAGACCAUGUUCAACCUGAUGUCAAUACCUCGGAUUUGCUCGAGUAUAUGAAGCUGCGACCACAUUCAGCCUUUACCAGGAAAACGAAGGAGUAUCUGCUUGCGAUGGCUCUGUGUCACUCAUGUUUGCCGGAGAAUAAGGAUGGGAAAAUGGACUUUCAAGCUUCGUCCCCGGAUGAACUUGCCUUGGUUAGAGCUGCUCAAGAGAUGGGAUAUUCGGUUGUCCAACGAAACUCGAAGCAAAUAACCGUAGAGGUGACUCACGGCGAUGGUUCGACGGAACGCUUGAAAUACGAUAUCCUGGACGUCAUUGAAUUCAGCAGUGCCCGAAAGAGGAUGUCUAUUGUUGUUCGCUAUCCUGAUGGCCGCAUCUCGGUUAUUUGCAAAGGCGCUGAUUCUGCCAUCCUGCCUCGCCUACGACUAUCUUCAUUGGCUAUGCAAAAGGCAACCGAAGUUCGACAGAGUGCUGACCUUGAGCACGAAUUGUUCCGCCGCAGCGAGCAGCUCGAGCCUCGCAAUAGCUUCGGUGGAAGGCCUAGCUUCAAUGUUCGCCGUCCUACCAUUACGAGAGAGCGAAGCGUGCACCGGCAAUCAAUGGGGAAUCGAAGCAAGUCUUUUGAGAUUAACAAGCUGACUCGUCGGUCUGAGGAUCGGCCAGAACGGCCACGCUUGACCAUCAACGCACGCGGAGCAUCGUUUGACGUCUCAAACCGCCAAUUUCUUAGUCCCAUGACACCUCACGUACCGCAACCGCUGGAUCCCCGUUUGGCAUUUUUGGAAGAUUCCGGAAUUUUCGACGAAUCUGAAGUCUUCACGAAAUGCUUCAAGCACCUCGAUGACUUUGCAUCCGAAGGUCUCCGGACGCUCCUCUUUGCGCAAAAGUUUGUCUCGGAGUCGGAGUAUAGGUCGUGGAAGAAGCUUUAUGACGAUGCUACCACCAGUCUGACCGACCGGCAAGAAAAGAUUGAGGAUGCGGCUGAGAAGAUUGAGGAAGCAUUCGAGCUGGUUGGUGGCACUGCCAUUGAGGAUAAACUCCAAAAGGGCGUACCAGAAACCAUUGAAAGGCUUCGACGGGCCAAUAUCAAGAUUUGGAUGCUGACGGGAGACAAGCGAGAGACGGCAAUCAACAUUGCUCACUCUGCCCGAAUCUGCCGCCCUGGUUCCGACUUGUAUAUCCUGGACGUGACAAAGGGGUCUCUUGAGGCGCAGCUCUCAGCCAUGGCCGAAGAUCUGAAUGCUGGCUCUAUCCACAGCGUAGUUGUCAUUGAUGGACUCACCUUGGCUGCCGUCGAAAAGUCGGAGGCUCUGUCAGCUCAAUUCUUUGCCAUUAUGCUUCUUGUCGACUCUGUUAUCUGCUGCCGUGCAUCACCGGCUCAGAAGGCUCUCCUGGUUAAGACCGUCCGCGGUAAGCUAAAAGGUUUCCGAGGCAAGGAACGCCGGGGCUUGACUUUGGCCAUUGGAGAUGGUGCGAAUGACCUUGCCAUGAUCCAAGCCAGUCACGUUGGAAUUGGUAUUUCAGGAAAGGAAGGACUCCAGGCCGCCCGAGUGGCAGACUAUGCAAUUGCGCAGUUCCGCUUCUUACAGAGAUUGCUUCUCGUCCAUGGAAGAUGGAACUACGUUCGCACUGCCAAGUUUAUCGUCUGCACGUUCUGGAAGGAAAUGUUUUUCUACCUCCCCGCGGCGCAGUACCAGCGAUACAAUGGCUAUACUGGCACUUCUCUUUACCAAUCGGCAAGCUUGACAGUCUUCAACACGCUGUUUACUAGUUUGUGCACGAUCUGCAUGGGUAUCUGGGAGCAGGAUCUCUGCGCAGAGACUCUGCUGGCUAUACCCGAGCUUUACAUCUUUGGUCAGCGCAACAAAGGCCUCAACUUUUGGAAGUACAUGCGAUGGAUGCUCCUUGCUGCCAUUGAAGGUGUGAUUACUUGGAACGGUAUCUGGGCUGGCUAUGGGUGGGUGUCUCCAGCAGCCAAAGAUGAAAAUCUCUAUGCCAUUGGAUCCUUGGUGUUUACGGUUGGUGUCCUGUGGAUCAAUUGGAAACUAUUCAUCUUUGAAACCCAUUACAAGUCGGCUGUAGUCAUGGCCUGCUUCUUUAUCACCACAGCCGGCUGGUUCGCAUGGCUGGCCUUUUUAGACGGUGUCUAUGCCGGCACGCCAUCCGGUGACUAUGAUAUCCGCCAUACGUUUACCAAACUUUGGGGCGCCGAUGCCGUGUGGUGGUCCACUUGUUUUAUUGUGCUCUCCUUUAUGGGGAUGAUUGAACUGCUUUUCAAGGCGGCCAAGCGAGGCAUGCUUGUUGCGGGUCUAUGGCACUGGCCACCGUGGCAAAGGAAGAAAAUGGGCGACAAUGUUGAGGAGUGGGAUUUGGAGCUCUGGCAAGAGAUGGAGCAGGAUCCUGCAGUGAGACGGAAACUCGCAAAGAUGGCGAGAGACGAUGAUGAAGAGCUUGAUCUGGAGGAUGAGGAAGAAGAAGAAGAAGACAUAAUGGAGCAAAUUGAGAUUGAUAUCUCUGCGGGGAGAAGAUAG